AUGGACCACAACUCGAACGGCGGCUUCUAUGUCCCCGCGCCGCCGCUGACGAACCAACCGCCGCGCAUCUUUGGUAACCUGACGGCCAAUGGCUCGCCCAUUCCGGCCUCGCUGCCUGGCCCAAUAUUCACCGACGACUACGACGAUGGGCAUGACCAGGGCGACCCGAAGCGGCGGCGAAUUGCGCGGGCAUGCGAUAUGUGCCGCAAGAAAAAGAUCAAAUGCGAUGGCAAAAUGCCCGCAUGCACCCACUGCCAGAACUACAAGACAGAAUGCAUCUUCACACAGGUCGAGAAGAAGAGGCAGCCUCCCAAAGGGGCGAAAUACAUCGAGGGACUGGAGAACCGCCUCGCCCGAAUGGAGUCUCUGAUGAGGCUGUCGGGCGUCCUGCCUGAAGAUGACGAUGGCAGCACUGAUCUUGCCACGCUGGAGAAGAGGUUGGCGGAUAGGACGGCAUCUGCGGGAACCCCCGGCAAUCGAGCUUCGGAUGGCCAGACGCCAUCAUCGGGACUGGGAGCGCAGAGGGCUACUCCCAUGCUGCCGGGCCUGCCGAGUCCCCGUAGUGGCACGACGUCGCCAGAGCCACAGCAGACUCAGGGCGAGGAUAAAGAGGAGGAUGCAUUGGCUGAGAUGAUGUGCUCGUUGGUCACUAAUAACUGCGGAGAGACGCGAUAUAUUGGCUCUUCGUCUGGCUUCUCCAUCUUCUCUCCCAAGGGCAUACAAUGGGUCAACGACAAGACUGGAGACAACUCGUUCCAGAGCAUGAUCUCCACUGCCGCUAUAGAGGACAACAAAUGGGUCCAAUGGAAGCCCGAUGUCUUCCAGGACAUCUUCAAACGGCGAGUUUACCGGCAACUGCCGCCCAAACCUGAGGCUUUGUCACUGCUGAAGGAUUUUUUCGAGAAUUUCAAUUGCAUGUUUCCCCUCUUCCAUGAGCCAACCUUCAUGCACCUGGUAGAAAAACACUACUCCAAGGAUCCGUAUGAAGGCUCAGGUUGGUGGGCUAGUUUGAACGUUGCACUUGCCCUCGGACAUCGUCUGCGUGUCAUGAGCAAUCUCGUGCCUCAGGAGGAGGAUGAGAAGGCCUGGCAGUAUCUAAAGAACGCUAUGGCUGUUCAAGUGGAACUCACCAUGCGAAACACCGACCUACUCAGUGUGCAAGCCCUUCUCGGCAUUGCCCUCUUCCUGCUCGGAACGCCGAACCCCCAGCCAACUUACUUCUUUGUCGCAGCCGCAAUUCGCCUUUCCCACAGCAUCGGCUUGCACAAGCGAGGCGCUGCUUUCAAUUUGAAUAGCUCCGAGAUCGAGCAGAGGAAGCGUGUCUUCUGGAUCGCGUACAUGCUUGACAGAGAUAUUUGCCUUCGCUCUGGCCGUCCCCCUGUCCAAGACGAUGAUGACAUAAACGUCGAGCUUCCAAGCGAGGACCCUCCCGACAAUAUUGGCAACAUUCCACUCUCAGACGGGAAGGGGAAAUUGAAUCUCUUCCGACUCAUGUGCACUUUCGCCCUCAUCGAGAGCAAGGUGUACAAGCGACUUUACUCUGUGAAAGCGUCCAAACAAUCGGACGGCGAACUCCUUAACACCAUUGGCGAGCUCGACAAAGAAUUGGAGAACUGGAAGGACAGCAUUCCUUUGGACUUCCGCCCCGAGCAUGAAAUCAAGGCUUCACAUACCCCCCUUAUACUCCAUGUCGUUGUCCUGCAUUUCGGAUACUACAACUGCUUGACCACUAUUCACCGAAUGAGCGUUCAUCAUGGGUACUGGACGAGCCGACUUUCAAAUUUCGCUAUUCAAGGUCUGAAUGCUCGACCUCUGAACCCGAGGGUGUUCAUGUCCGCCCAGCUGUGUGUCCAAGCCGCCCGCGCUUCCAUCCAUCUGCUGAAGUACAUCCCGAAGGGUGACUCGGCUUGCGUGUGGAUGGUCAUAUACUUCCCAGUCACAGCGCUCGUCACACUUUUCGCCAAUAUCCUGCAGAACCCACAGGACACACGGUCACGAUCGGAUCUCAAGCUGAUGAAUUUGGUCGUCAACUUUUUAAGCAUGCUGAGCAACGAUCAAGCGAACAGUAGCGUGAAGCGUAUGUUGAGCGUAUGUGCAGAGUUCGAGCGUAUCGCAAAGAUUGUCCUUGACAAGGCAGACCGAGAGAAUGCGUCGAGGCGGAAGAGGAAACAAGAUAGCGACCAGGACGCAGAGAUCGAAGCAACAGCGAAUGAAAUUCUGACUCCAGCAUACCGAGCAGCACAGUCACCUCCACAAGCAACACAACCGGAAACGCAGCCAAUAAACCCGGCUGAUCCAUUUUCAACAGACGGCUUCAGCAACUUCAAUGAGCCUUUCCCCUUUUCACCGAACUUUACACACGCAUCCCUAACCAACAAUAAUCCCAUAUCCCAAUUCGGCUCGCCCUCUAUGGCUGCCCAAAUGCUCCAAAACCCAGGAAUUCACAUGCCCACCACGGGCGGCGGCGAUACACCUAUGAAUGGGAUGGGCCACGGCAUGAAUCCACUUGCGAUGGGCAGCUUCGAACAGACCAUGAACAGUGUCCCACAAGAUCUGUGGAAGAUGCCAAUGACUCUCGAGUGGGAUUGGGUGGACAUGACAGGCUUCUCUGGAUAUGAAGAUGGCAUCAGUAUGAAUGGCGUAUUGCCUGACUUCUCACAGGGUGCACAAGGAACUAGUGGUAUGAACAUGAACGGAAUGAAUGGGCACGGUAUGAAUGGACAUCGAUAG